AGAGCAACCUGGUCCUCCUAGCCUCACAGCCACUCAGAAAAACCUACCUACCCAUUAGUGCCUUUCUUCUCACAGUCUCAUCAGCCUCCAGCAAGAAAACAUGGGCAGACAGAAGGCGUACUUAAACAAACUCUCCAGGUUCUUCCAGAUCCGCAACCUGCUGCUUCGCCAGGCCCUGGCAGAGUGUCUCGGCACCCUCAUCCUUGUGAUGUUUGGCUGUGGUGCUGUGGCCCAGCUGGUGUUGAGCGGUGGUUCCCAUGGCAUGUUCCUCACAGUCAACUUUGCCUUCGGCUUCGCUGCCAUGCUUGGCAUCCUGAUCUGUGGCCAGAUAUCAGGUGGCCAUCUGAACCCUGCAGUGACCUUUGCCCUGUGCUUGCUCGGAAGAGAGCGCUGGAGAAAGUUCCCCAUGUACUUCCUCUUUCAGACGAUUGGUGCUUUUUUCGGUGCCGCCAUCAUUUUCGGCAUGUACUAUGAUGCCCUGUGGGACCAUCCUGGAUGUUUCAAUGUGACUGGGCCUAAAGCCACAGCUGGCAUCUUUGCUACCUACCCUGGAAAACAUCUCACCCUAGUCAAUGGCUUCUUUGAUCAGAUAAUCGGCACAGCAGCGCUGAUUGUGUGUAUCCUGGCUAUUGUGGAUCCAUACAACAACCCCAUCCCCCAAGGGCUGGAGGCCUUCACUGUGGGAUUUGUGGUUCUGGCCAUUGGACUGUCCAUGGGCUUUAACUCUGGCUAUGCUGUCAAUCCUGCCAGAGACCUCGGUCCCCGUCUGUUCACUGCCAUGGCUGGGUGGGGCAGCGACGUUUUCACGGUUAGAAAGGGCUGGUUCCUGGUGCCCGUUUUUGCCCCAUUCCUUGGUGCCCUCAUCGGUGUGAUAAUCUACCAGCUGAUGGUUGGCUUCCACACGGAGGGAGAAGUGCGUGACAACAAAAGCAGUGAGGAGGAGAAUGUCAGACUCACCAAUGUCGCCGCCAACGACAAACCCAAAGACACUUCCAAAGAAAUGCACUGAGUGUGUUAGAGAGCCACACACACAUAUGUGCACACUCUGUAAAUACCGACACACACCAGCAUUUUUCCUUCCAGCCACAACUGUUUUCUCCAAACCAUCUUUACAGCUGUUGAGGAAUCUCCCAAGAUAGUUGUGUGUUUGUGAAAAACGGGUCACUGUCUUUACAUUAUCAUAUAAUUGUAUUAUAUUUUAGAGGAACGAUUGUGUGUGAGCGUGGAGGCGAGAAACACAACUUCAGAAACACAGAAUUACAUUAAUUCUUUUAGGAGAUCAACGUUUGGAUUUUAGUGUCUCCAGUUUGAACAGUAUUGUAUGCUUAACACCAGUGUAGUUUUAUAUAACUUUUUUAUAUAAUUUUACAUAGUGGAUGUAUUUAAUCAAAUGUACAUCUUUCCCUGCCAAUUACUAUGCAGUCCAGAACCUUUCACUGUUAACAUUUGAAUCAGGGAAAUUGUUGGGGAAAUUAAAAUUUUAAACUCCAACCUAAAAACCAAAUAUUUAAGAAUAUUGUACAUUUUAAGUACAGUGAGUGAAAUGAUGCCAUAUAUGUAGACUACGUCGACUCUGUUUAGAGCUGACACAUGGUGGUGAAGCAAAAUCCUUCCCACAACAUUCCUCUCAUUACCAUGGCUAUCUAAAAGCAGCUAUGUUAAAGCUGCUGUCUUUUUAUAGACACUCUCUUUGUCCUGCUAAAGUCUUAACCAGUAAAAAAAUUUGUAAUAUGUCAUCAGCUCUCAAACUUAAACAUUUACCCUUUGUAUGAACUAAAAAUUAACAGAAGAGUCAUUGUAGCCGUUUAGUUUAAUGCUUGAAAAUAUCAGAUAUAUGUUGAAUAAUGACAAUGUACAGCACAAUAUUAACUAUCUCUCUUAUAGUUGUUAUUUAGUUUAUGUCUAUUAUUGUUUUUGUGUCUUGUGCUGGACUUUGAGCACCUUGGUGGAUUGUAUGUAGGUUGAGGGCAAAUGCUUUUGUAUUGAUACAAUAAAGUUCUGUUUUGAUUGAUGCAUAA